AUGUUUCUCUACCAACUACUCAACUUUUUCUUUGUAGCUUCCAAAAAGGAGGGGGGCACUAAAUAUGACCUGUCCCUGUACAAGCGUGGUGAUCUGUUAGAGGUCCCCAGGACGUUAUUCACCCAUUUUGGUAUCUACUUGGGUGACAACCGUGUGGCUCAUCUCAUUCCAGACAUCCUGCCUCUCAUUUCCAAGAAUAAAUCUGCAAUUGCUAAGAUGGUAACAAAUAACCGCCUGCUGCUUGGGGUUAUCGCUAAGGUCGCUAGCGUCAGGGUGGACUCAGUGGAAGAUUUUGCUUAUGGCUCAGAGAUUCUGGUCAACCACAUGGACAAAGUGUGCAGCCAGCCUCCGUUGGAUGGGGACGAGGUGGCACAAAGGGCUGAGAAACUCCUGGGAUCGGUCAGCUACAGUUUGCUGUGGUACAACUGUGAACACUACGUCAUGUACUGCAGAUAUGGCAUGGCUAUCAGCUACCAGACUUACCAGUCUUUUCUACGUCCCACUCUAACUAGAACCAUGCUGUAUCUGGGCUGUGGGACGCCGCUGACACUUUUACUAACCCUGCUCAUCUCAUUCACCAUCUGGAUGGCAGCAUAG